AUAUACGAUCACAUAGCAUUAUGGGUACAAAAAUACUCAUACCGGCGGUGGACGACGGGAAGGCCCUCUUUCCUUCUUGUCGCCAUCAUGGCUCGUGGCCCGAAGAAGCACCUAAAGCGUAUCAAUGCUCCCAAGCAUUGGAUGUUGGAUAAAUUGUCUGGACGAUUUGCACCACGUCCAUCACAAGGUCCCCACAAGUUGCGUGAAUCUCUUCCCCUUGUCGUCUUCCUCCGUAAUCGCCUCAAGUAUGCUUUGAAUGGUGAAGAGGUCAAAAAGAUUGUCAAGCAACGACUAAUCAAGAUUGAUGGCAAAGUUAGAACCGACACUACCUACCCUGCUGGAUUUAUGGAUGUCAUCACCAUCGAGAAAACCGGUGAAAGUUUCCGUCUUCUCUAUGACGUCAAGGGACGCUUUACUGUCCACAGAAUCACCGGUGAAGAAGCUAAGUACAAGCUUGGACGUGUCAGACGAGUAGAUAUUGGACCCAAAGGUGUCCCAUACCUUGUGACCCACGAUGCUCGCACCAUCAGGUAUCCAGACCCCCUGAUCACGGUCAAUGAUACUGUCGUUGUGGAUAUCAAGACUGGCAAGGUGAUUGAUUUCAUCAAAUUUGACACUGGUAACAUGGCAAUGAUUGUUGGUGGUCGUAACAUGGGACGUGUUGGCAUGGUAACCCAUCGUGAACGACAUCAAGGAUCCUUUGACAUUGUCCACAUCAAAGAUGCAACAGGUCAUCAGUUUGCUACACGUCUGACGAACGUGUUCAUUAUUGGGAAGGGUAACAAACCAUACGUAUCUUUACCAAAGGGCAAAGGAAUUAGACUCAGUAUUGCUGAGGAGAGAGACAGGCGACUCGCAGAGAAGGCAAAAAUGAUGUAAAUUGAAAUAAAAGUAAGAAAUUAAACCAUCAUCUUACCUGGAA